GCGGCAGCCAAAAUUCACCAAACCAGCUAGCUUGAAUGAGUAACAGUGCGAUGGUGGCCGUGGCGAUCUGCUGUAUACUGGUGCUGCUGGCCGUGUUCAUCGUGCUGAUCAUAGUGGUCGGUUCGACGAUGGGCGAACCGAAGUGAGAUAAGCUCCAACUGGGGCCCGGACACUUCGCCGAUGGAUAGCCAAGGCCCCCCGGCUGUUAGAAUCUGGACGGAUUUUGUUCCACCGCCGCUGCCGACGCUCCCGGUGCCGAUGGCUUCCGCCGCCGCCGCAUCGUGGGAGGCGGCCACAGCAGGCGCGCUCAUCAUACCUCCCAUCGUCGUCGCUACCAUCUCCACCACCAACUCCGCCAGCAGGAGCAACACAACCAAGAACACCACCAGCACCACCAACGGUCGAGGCGGCAGGAUGAUCAUCAGAAGCUGCCGCACCAACCGCAAUGGUGGACGGAGCCACUAGAGAGCGUGUGGGUGUGUGGGUGUGUGAAACGAAAGGAAAAUCGGUGCGUUACGCCAUCGAGACGGUAGAACCAUGGCGUAACGGUGUGAAAAUGCAACUCCCAGGCGUGCAACGCAACGUUAGAAGCGCGAGUACUCCAACACAAAUACCAAGCACGGAACCACCAACCAGCACCGGCCAGGAAAGGGAUUGGAGGCAGGGGGAACGAGCUUGGUGAAGACAUUUGGCAGCAUCAGAGAACAAAAACAACGCACAGCAUCUCCCCGCGCAAAAAAAAAACCCAGCCCAGAGAAACCAGGCACAUCCGGUUCGGAACGCUCCAGGAUCGGCAACCAUCAGGAGUCGUGAAAAUCUCAAACAAUCUUACUCCCACACGUCGGGCUUUUCCCGUUCUUCGAUUAACUUUCCCUAACUGUCGCCUGAGCAGGCAUGAACUUCAAGCAAUGAUCACACCUAAUCGCUCCACUGUAAGGUUCGCCCUUUCACGGCUGUUCAACUGUCCCUCUGCUUCGGUGAAAAUGUUGCAGGUUUUCCCUUGUCUGCACUCUUAGUGAAAGUAGUGGUAGAGGACUUAUUUCACAUACGAAAGCGAACAACCCUCGAACGCUUGUUGCACCGCCCAGCACUGCUCUCGAGAACAACCACGAGCACUGCACGCACACUAAAACACACACACACACACACACAAACACACGCUCUCUUUCCUUCACUCUCUUUCACACACUAGCACCCAACAAACACACAACACUCAUAAGCGAAACUCAUCUGUCACGCAGGACAUCACAGAGCACACGAAAACGAGCAUGGAAUAAAAUCUUGUACACCAAUUCUACACAGCCGUCUUUGAGGGGGCCACCAAACAGAACAACAAGUAAUGAGAGAAAACAAAACGAACGCGAGAAAAAGAAGAAGAAAAGAAGAGGAGAGAAAGAAAACGCUAGUCUUACGCAACUCCUAGAGACAACUUUAACAGCCAAUCAAACUUGACGAAGCAUGUUUUACGAAGGGCGAAUUUCGCGCGCACCUUGCACGAAAUCACCAACACGUUGCUAUCUAGAACUCACCUUAACUUAAAUGCUACUUAUACUACUUACUUAACAAAUGGAAAACCAACCAACAAAAAUAAAAAAAAGAUAGUGAAAAUAAAAGAAAAGAGAACACAUACUACAUACCUAACGAGAUUGUAACGAUACCUUAACAGUUGCCCCGAUUCGGUGCGCUUGGGCGAACGGACGAUGAUGCUUUCGAGCCGAAUGCACGCGACGGAAUGUGUGUGUGUGUGUGUGUGUGUGAGAGAGAGAGAGAGAGAGAGAGAGAGAGAGAGAGAGAGAGAGAGAGAGAGAGAAAUAGAGAGAUAGAAAGAGAGCGAAAUGAGUGAACAGGGCAUCGUUUAAUCUAGUAUUUUAAGUAGACACCACCAUCCGGUAGCUUCCAAACAUUGAAACGAGAGAAGUGCGAACGGACAGAUUUCCCUGCCAGAUGAGCAGUGAAACGAAAACAAAAUUCGAAAACUAGUAUUACUAAAAAUCAAAACAGAAAAAACAACUCACUGAAGGACAAACGAACUCGAAGAUCAAGCCUGGCAGCAUUCGUUGGCAGCGAGAGUGCGAAGAGCGCUGUAUUAAAAUAGGGACAUGGGCCGGAAGACGUACACUGCUGGUGCGAAGCAGACUGUACGCGAACACAUAUCGUUUAAAAGCAAGACGGUAGGCUGGACUAAGGUAUUAAAACUUAAUAUUAAUCAUACAAAAACGGUAAGAUGUAAGCACCAUCGAUAAACAAUGGAGGGCAAUGUUUACCGCUCUUUAUCUAAAAAUUGAGAAAUUAAACCAACCUGUAAUAAACACGAGCGGCAUUGGACGCGAAUUUAAAGCAAACGGUAAAGGUUGGUGGAAAUGAAAACAAAUAGACACAAAAGCACCCACGCAGACACACAUCCUGACAUAAACAAAGUAUUAUAUACCGGCCCACCCACCGGCACAAACCAGUGAGGAUCCAGAGGAACACACGGUUGUCAUUAUCCUUCUUCAAGGAUCGUGUGAAAUAGCAGGAUCGUCCCGAUAUUGUCCGGCGUAGGCUAGGGUGUUUGUUAAAGUUUGUCGUUUUGAUAGGGAACUAGGAUAUACUGGGGAUGCUGCGUCCGUGAGGCACAACGGAAAGGUAGGUAGAGUGAGGGGACAAUGGUAAAGCAAACUAGAGUUGGUAAAAUAUCCAGAGAAAGAGGAAAAAAGUGCAACCAAAAGGAAACCAUCCCCCAAGCUCCACAUAUUCUUCUGCAUACACGUGCUGCUCUAUGUGUGAGUGCCAAACAUGCAAAAAAAGGCAGCAGUGGUUAAGAAAAACUGGAACGAGUAUAGGAACAAAACAAAAAACAAAACCAAACCGGGCACUAGUCGUGCGUAGCCGUGUGGUAGUGUUAGCUGUAGUAGUUAUCCAUUACUUCCAUGUUGUUGUUGGCCAGUUUACCGUUGUUUAAUGUGCGCAACAGAAUGUAGUUAACAGAACAGCCUUGUUUACCAUCGUAACGCAUCGAAUGCUGAAUAAACAAUACGAAACAAAAUUGAAAACCCUAUCACAGAAAAGGUAAAUAAAAAAAUUCCUACAUCCGUGCGGACGUAAAUGAGAAAAAGAGAAAUGAAAUGAAUACAAUUGCCAUUCCGAAAUUGACGAACCAACCCGCUGAACUAACAAAUAUGAAAGAUAAAUGCAUAGGAAAACAAAACAAGAAAUGUAAGGGAGGCAAGUAACCAACUAAUACAAACGGGGAAAAGUAGAGGCAAAAGAGAGGCAAAAACUGACAGGUCACGAUGAAGAACGUGGAAUAAAAAUCUUUUAGUAAAAAAGCAAAUCAACUGAGACAAUAAUCCCUAACAAACAAAAGAACAGGAAAGUAAACACUCUAAACGAACAUCCCAUCGAAAAGGCGUGGCCACCUUGGAUUGAUUUUACUCACAGCGCACAAAGUGUGCGGCAUGGAUUGACUGACUGACACCCAAUGACAAGUGGGAUUUUCCCGACACUCGCUUUCUACGCUUGCUUCGAGGAAAUGAUGCAAGGGACAUUUCGUGUUAAUGGCACUUGGUAGCGGUGAUGGUGGUGGUAGCGAGCUCAUUAGCCGUUAGUUCUGGCAACUGGCGGCCAUCUUUAAUUAACUCGCCGAUCGCACUCAGUGUCCUUUCGGUCGUUUCGCUCGGUUUCGCCGGUUUGAAGGAGGCAGAAACACAUUAAUUAUCAAUCAAAAUUCGCGGUCGUAACGCCUAGGCACGGGAUAAUUUUUCCAUCGACCAGCACCCAAACCCGGCGGUUUGUGGUUUCAAUUUUCCGCUCCAGCUCUACACAACAUCGGGCGGAAGCGUCCAUCGAUCAGGUCAGGAGCGAUUUUUCC